AUGCUCGCAGGCAAGCCGCUCGGAGAAAUAUUCCACAAGCCUCAGCUGCAAUUCGAAGCAAAAGUCGGCGUCAAGAAGACGACGCUGGAUGGAAUAGCCAAGGGCGAUUUAGAUGACAGCAUGGACACGGAUGAGAAGCAGCCGAUGCGUCUCAGGCCAUCGAGUUAUCUCGUAGGACAGCAACUUGAAGAUACCUUACUGGCGGGAGAGCCUAUUGAGAUAAGUUAUCCGUGGCGUGAUGGUCGUAUACACGACUGGAUUGGUGCAGAGGCCCUUUGGAAACACGCCCUUAAGCAGCUUCUUGGGAACCCACGUGCUGCAACUGCUUUGGUGUUGGUCACUGUCCCACACGGACUGUCAAAGGAUGAAAGCGAGAAGAUUACUCAAAUCUUCUUUGAAAGAUUUAACGUUCCUGUGUUUGCACUGUUAGAACGCCCCGUCCUUGGUCUCUAUGCUUCAGGCAGUGUCAAUGGUCUUUUCAUCGAUAUAGGCUACGACUCUACUGAUGUUGUACCAGUACUGGAAACUAUGCCUCAGUAUACGGCUGCUACGCACUGGAGGUUUGGCACACGGGAGCUGUCAGUCUAUCUCGCAAGUCUGCUGAAGAGCGACAGCCAUCUGCUCGCACAUGAAAAGCUUAGCGCGUUGGGGGAGCAAGAGAAAUUUAACGCUUUGGUCGAGAUUGCUCAAGAGCUGUUCAACCAUCCUCACUCGCUCUCGCUUCUACCCGAGGAAGACGAGAAAGAGAAGAAGAAAGGAGAGGAGUUGGAUAUCGCAGCCGCACUCGUUAGUGGUCAAGAGCAGAAUUUAAUUGAUGAAAAGGACGCAAAGGAAAAUAACCCAGCAGCCUCUCAAGGGAGAUUUGAGGUGCAGUGGCGCGGAAGCACUGUAUCUGUUGGGAAGAUAAGACAAAGAUUUUGGGAGCCAUUGUUUAACAUGAACCUCCUGAAAGGCUUGAAAGGAGUUGAUGAGGAGCAGACACGAGUUAGUCUACCUGAGGCUAUCGUGUAUACAUUAGAUCAGUGCGAGAUUGAAACGAGGCAGCAAAUCUUGAAUGGACUGGUGUUGGCAGGACCUCUGGCUGGCUCCAAGGGCUUCUCGCAAUUGCUAGCACCACAUAUCGAACCAUACCUCAGCAAAGGUGACAAUAACGAGUUGCAGGCAUCAGCAUCAGCUAUCAAGGUGCUCAAAGUACCAGAUUACUUUGCAGACUUCAAAAAAAGAGAUGAUUUAAACACUUUCCUGGGCGCUAGUAUUGUAGCAAAAAUAACAUCAGCAGAUCACUCGAGCUUCGCCAUCACCAAAGCAGACUACAAUUUGAGAGGACCAGCGGUGAUCACGGUGACCCCAUACCUUGUGUAA